UACCACCUACACUCCUACAGUCUACAGAGUACGAAGUAGCAGUAAUUCCUUAUUUCGCCAAAGAAAUGCUCAAAUUUGGGCGCAACCAUAAUCUCCAAGCUCUCUACUUUAUCCAUUGCUUUUGUCGUCCUUUACUGUAUUCAACAUUACCAUCUUCUUCAUCAGAUUCUCACCCGUCAUUGCAGAUUAUAUUGGCCGAUUAUCUAGGGUUCCCCAACAAAAUACCCCUUUCUUCCACCAAACUAUCUCUAUUCCUUCAAUCACAAGAGGCGAAGAAGGUCAGUAAUUCGGAUUUUGCUAAAAAUGUCGAUUCAAUUGUCAAAUUCUUCAAACAAAUUGGAUUUCAACAAUCCCAGAUUAGAAAGGUUAUAUCUUAUGAUCCUCGUCUUCUAUGUACCAAUGUUGACAAAACCCUAAAUCCCAAAAUCAAGCUUCUUAAGGACCUGGGAUUUUCUGAUUCUGAUUUAGUUCAUGCUAUAUUAGCCAAUCCUAUAAUGUUAAACCGACGUUUAGGUCCUGCCAUUGAUGCUUUAAGGGAGGUUGUGGGUACUGAUCAAAAUGUUAUUAAAAUCAUGAGGCGAUCGAAGUGGCUUUCUUUUACUGCUUUUGCUAAGCAUUUGUUUCCCAAUGUUAUAUUGUUGCAAAAUUAUGGCAUUUCUAGUGACAAAAUCACCAACUACAUUCUUCAACAACCAUCACUUUUCCUUAGGAAGACGGAUUUGUUUCGGGAUAUGUUGAUUAGGGUCGAAGAGAAGUUCAGGAUUCCUCGAAAUUCUGCCAUGUUUUUGCCCGCAAUCCAAUUGACUUCUUUUAAGGAGGAGACAUUUGAGGGUAAAUGUGAUGUGUAUAAGAGUUUUGGAUGGACUCAAUCUGACAUCAUGACAUUAACCAGGAAAAAUCCUAAUUGCUUGAGAUAUUCUGAAGCAGGGAUCAAGAAGAAGUUGGAUUUCCUUAUGAAAGAAGUUGGUUAUGAGCCUUCUUACUUGGUAUCGAAUUAUUCGCUGUUAACAUAUAGCCUUGAUAACAGAAUAGUGCCUAGGUAUAGAAUGUUGCUUUUUCUCAAGGAGAAAAGUUUGAUGACUAGGGAUUACAAUUUUGGAAAUGUUGCUCGGAUGACAGAGUCUAUGUUCUUGAUGAAAUUUGUUGAACCUUUUAAGGAUAUUGUACCUCAUAUCCAUCAAGUUUAUCGUCAUCUUAUUCCACCAACUCAAGGAAAAGCUGCAUCUCUUUGUUAACUUGAACUGCCUUUUGCUUUUGGAUGUUGGGAUGAAGGUCACCUGACAAGUUCCUUGAAGCAGUUUUGAUGUCAGCCAAGACAGCAGCAAACUCAUGGCUGAGGUUGUCUUCAACUCCUUGUAGCAUCAACUUGAAAGCCAAAGCUGAUCCUCCUGUGACUGCCAACUCCGAUUUAGCUUUAAGUUUGAUAGAGAUACCCAAAGCAACAUACAAAGUUAAAAUUGGAAGGCAAUUGGUGCAAUUCCUGAGAAGAUCCAAAUGAGUUUCAUUCCUUAAGGUACUUGUCAUACAGAUUGGUUUAAAUUUAUGGAUUUUUUUUUGAAAGGCAUCAACCACAGGAAGAUAGAAUUGCAACCAUUUGGCUAUCUAUCCUAGCGUAGGAUUUCUAACUUUGAAAUACAUCUUGAGAAUCAAUUUACAAGUAUUUGGCUACCUAUCCA